CGAGCGAGCAGGCCAGGCUCGGAGCGCGCAGCCACCACCUCUUCGCCUCUCCAAACUCGGGGCCCGGCGCGCGGCGGCGUCCUCGUGCCCCCGCUCGCGCCCCCGCCCGGCGCCCGCCCCAGCCAGGCAUGAACGCAGAGACGUGCGUCUCUUACUGCGAGUCGCCGGCCGCUGCCAUGGACGCCUACUACAGCCCGGUGUCGCAGAGCCGGGAGGGCUCGUCGCCUUUCAGGGCAUUCCCGGGUGGCGACAAGUUCGGCACCACUUUCCUGUCAGCCGCCACCAAAGGGCAGGCAUUCGGGGACGCCAAGAGCCGGACCCGCUACGGUGGCGCGGGGCAGCCACAGCAGCAGGACCUGGCGGCCCCGCUGGAGAGCGGCGCCGGGGCACGGGGCUCUUUUAACAAGUUCCAGCCGCAGCCGCCCACCCCGCAGCCCCAGCCGCCGCCACCACCACCACCGCCUCAGCCACCCGCGCAGCCACCGCAUCUUUACUUACAGCGAGGAGCCUGCAAGACGCCCCCGGACGGCAGUCUCAAACUGCAGGAAAGCGGCAGUGGCCACAACGCGGCCUUGCAGGUCCCCUGCUACGCUAAGGAGAGCUCCCUGGGGGAGCCGGAGCUACCACCGGACUCUGACACAGUGGGCAUGGAUGGCAGCUACCUCAGUGUGAAGGAGGCUGGGGUGAAGGGGCCCCAGGACCGGGCCAGCGCCGACCUCCCCAGCCCGCUGGAGAAGGCUGACUCCGAGAGUAACAAGGGCAAGAAGCGGCGGAAUCGCACCACCUUCACCAGCUACCAGCUGGAGGAGCUGGAGAAGGUCUUCCAGAAGACCCAUUACCCGGAUGUGUACGCUCGGGAGCAGCUGGCCAUGAGGACGGAUCUCACCGAGGCACGCGUACAGGUCUGGUUCCAGAACCGCCGAGCCAAGUGGAGAAAGAGGGAGCGCUUUGGGCAGAUGCAGCAGGUUCGAACCCACUUCUCCACAGCCUACGAGCUGCCCCUCCUCACCCGAGCGGAGAACUAUGCCCAGAUUCAGAACCCAUCCUGGAUCGGCAACAACGGGGCCGCAUCCCCAGUGCCAGCCUGCGUGGUCCCCUGUGACCCUGUGCCCGCCUGCAUGUCCCCUCACGCUCACCCUCCUGGCUCGGGGGCCAGCAGCGUCCCUGAUUUCCUGAGUGUCUCAGGGGCCGGCAGUCACGUUGGCCAGACACACAUGAGCAGCCUGUUUGGAGCGGCAGGCCUCAGCCCAGGCCUCAACGGCUACGAGCUGAACGGAGAGCCCGACCGCAAGACAUCAAGCAUCGCAGCCCUGCGCAUGAAAGCCAAGGAGCACAGCGCUGCCAUCUCGUGGGCCACAUGACAGGGCCCCUUCUGCCCCGUCCUGUGCCCUGCCCUGCCUCCUCGGGGCUGCGGCCACACCCAUGCUUUCCAGGCCCCAGCCCUUCCUCUCCCUCUUCCCUCAUUCGACUUUGCUCUUAGGAACCUGGCCUGGGCCAGGGGCCUGGCCCUCAGCACUUUCAGCCACCCCACAUCUGAGGCUCUGUGGAUCACUGGGAGGGAGGGGGCGGCAGGUCCCUGCCUCUCCCUGGCACAGGCAGUAGAGAAAGACAGGUGGCUUCCUGCAGCUUUACAUCCGCUGGAAGGCCCUUCCUCUCGCCUCCUGCUCCCGCCCUGCUGAGUUUCUGACUUUGAGUCAAAACUAUAUUCCCACCCAGCCUCGACAGCCCAGUCUGGUCCGUGCUUCACCAUUCUGUGGAGACCCAGGUCACCAGGCUGGUGGCUGUACUCAAAGAACAGGUUGCCCAAUUCCGGCCGGCUGCAGCCCCCGUGACCCUUAUUCCCAAGAUCACAUGGAGUGCUGGAUCCACUGAAAGAAAGGACUGGCAGACUGGAGAUCCACGUGACCACCCAGCACCUUGGCUUCCGGGACAGCCGGGCUCUGGUGGGGUGACCCCUUGGAGACUAGAUCUGUGCGGACACUGGGGAGGAGCUGGACCUCACAUUCUACUGUUGCUGGAAGAAGAUAAGCUCUGCAAAGGGAAAGGGCUGUGGGAGGAGUCUGGGCAUGCAUCCUAACAGGGAG